GUCUCCUUUCCUUCUCCAUCUACCGUUUUCAUCAUCAAUUCAGCCAAUUUGGUGGCUUUUUCUUAUAUCAUUAGCCCGAUUUUUUGCAGGAAAAGAGAAUCGUUUGUUAUUUUCAAGGAAAUAUCAAAUCCGUCGUUGAAGCGUACAGUUUUGACUUUUGUUCUCCAUUGAACAAAGAUUAGCGCUUUUCUGUAUAGUACUUGCCACGUAGCUGGUUUAGUUUCGUUUACAAAUCGCGUCAGUUCACUUUAAUUGACCUUUCAUAUCAAGUUUUAAAAAUUAAAACUCUUUUGGCUCUUUGACUUUUCUCCUUGUGUCAGCUCCCAUUGACUUGUGUCUUUUAUUUUCGGUUUCCUUAGCGACAUUAGUUGUUCUUUUCUUUUGCUAUGUCUUCCUUGUUAGGCCGAAUUGAUGUUUGGGGUCUUUUGAAGCCGAUUUUGGAGAGCGAUCUUGGGGUAAUUGUCAUCGCCCUUGGAGGAUUUAUUCUGGCGAAAAAGGGAUUCCUGUCGAGAGAAUCUCAAAAGGCUAUUUCCAAUUUAAACGUUUACUUCUUUACCCCAUGUCUAGUUUUUGAAAAAGUCGGCAAUGGUUUAAAUCUAAAAAUGCUUAUCGAUCUCUCUCUUCUGCCUGUUUUUUAUGUUAUUAUUACAGCGGUUUCUAUAAUAGUUUCUUAUGCUAUGGCUCGUAUUUUUCGACUUAGUCGACGACAACGUAACUUUGCUACUGCAUGCAUCACUUUCCAAAAUUCCAAUUCUCUUCCUCUAGCCUUAGUUACUUCCUUGGCGAAUACGGUGGAAAACCUAAAAUGGGAUAAAAUUCCCGACGACACUGCUGAAAAAGUUGCUUCUCGCGGUAUCAUGUAUCUUUUAAUUUUUUCUCAGCUGGGUCAGGCUCUUCGUUGGUCGUAUGGUUAUAGAAUUCUCCUUUCACCUAUUCAACCUGAUGACAGUGAAGACCACGAUCGUGUUCGGGUCCACGGUAAUCCUAGUGAGGAGGAAAUUGAGAGUUUGCUGACUCCUAAUGAACGUGAAGAUAUCAGUCAAUUAGACUUGCCUUCUUCUAGUGGGUUGUCACAUCCCGGGGGCAUAAGCCCCACUAAUAACAAAAACAAUUAUUCCGAAAAUGCGGUUACUCAAGAAACUACUCAGGGCAUUGAGUUUAAAAACUCCAAGCUCAAAAAGGCAAUUAUCCUCUUACUAGAUUUUUUCAGCCCUCCUCUGUACUCUUUGUUUAUUGCUCUUUUCAUUGCCGUUGUUCCUCCAUUGCAAAGAUUCUUUUUUGAAGAAGGCUCUUUUGUUGAGGCCAGUAUCACCAGUGGUAUUCGAAUGGUAGGUGAUGUUGCUGUACCUUUGAUUUUAGUGGUUCUAGGUGCUAGCCUUGCAACAGAUAUUGGGAAGACAGAAGGUCCAGAACAGCCGGGCAAAGUAAAUGACAAACGCGUUCUUAUCGUUAGUCUUCUCGGUCGAAUGGUGGUUGUUCCUAUGGUUAUUUUGCCCGCUUUUUCUUUACUGUCUUAUUUUAGUGAAAUUAGCACCGUAGAUGAUCCAGUUUUCGUUGUCGUUAUUUUCCUUUUGGUAGGAAGCCCUACUGCAAUUCAACUCACACAAAUUUGUCAAUUGAAUGGGGUUUUCGAGAGAGAAUGCGCCAAGGUCCUUUGGUGGUCCUAUGCUAUUUUCACACCUCCCAACUCUUUGCUUCUUGCUUUUGCCAGUCUUUUGGUUGUUGAUUGGACAAAGUAAAGAGCCAAAUUGUAUCUCCCUUUUGAAGAAUGCCCCUUUAUCGUUCCAAAGUUAUAAAUCCUUAGAAUUUCGAUUCUUUUAUAUGAGAAAAAUCUUGAUCCCCAUUCUGAUAGAAUCCAGUAUGGCUAAACUUGUUUUGCUUUCCAACCGCUAUUCUUGUGCAAUUUGGCACUCCUUUAAUACUCAUGUUUUCAAACUAGAUAAUAUUGAUGUUUAAUUCUUUAUGUUUAUUUAAUGCCUUUUCUAAACUUGGUUCAUAUGUUGCAAUUUUAGAAUGAUAAGCAAUACUAAUCUACACUUUAUGGAAGGAAUGGCUUUAACUGCCUCCUUGAAGUGAAACAUUAUUUUACCUGAGCUUCCUGUAAUUUGCGUUUGAGAUGCUAACUUAUUUUAUUGAUGAUUUGGAUGUGUUCUGCAAGAGACGUGCCUGCAAAGAAAGAAAUCCAAAGCAUAGUGGAUAAAGACUAUCAUCUUACAUAAACUUUUCUAAAUAGAUUAUCUUUUAAUAUAAACCUGAUUUAUUUGUUCAUUGACGCAUCUCAUAAUAUUUGCAGAAUUAUUCUACUGACCAUUAAGAAAAUAUCACACCUGUUUUCGUCGAUAUUGACUUCCUCAAAGUGAACAAA